AUGCUUAGCACAGUCACGAUCUGGAGGGACAAGAAGAAGGCUGACAAUGGUUUGACAGCGAGGUUCGCAAAAGCUACGCAGGUGAAGGCAGCUGAGGAUCUCAAGUACAACGGCAAGGAUGGUACUGUUGAAGUAAAGCGACGUAAGUGA